UGACAGAGCGAUAGAGUAGUGUGGGUAUGCUGCUGGUGGAGUGAAAGCAUAACAUCAACACAAGAACACAUCUGUAUAUUUGUGCAGUAAUCUUGCUUUGAGCACCACAGUGUUCACCCAAUUUUGACCUCAGAAUAACAACAAAUUCACCAUCGGCAACGAGAUGAGAAUUCAUUGAGAAAUGAGCUUAUCGAGAAGAUAUCUGCGGGUCGUGUUGCAAGGGUGGCGUGGGGGUGGGGGUCAGCAGAGGAGGGAUUUUUCCUGGCAACCUCGGGCGUGGUCGAAAUGGCAGCCGUCUUGGAUCGGGGCGGUGGUCACGUCUGCCUCCGUCGUCUACCUUGGAUAUCAACUUUUCCACCCGAACCGAUAUGUGUAUGCGCUCAAGUCCCGGACUAAGAAGGAUGAUGAAGUAAAGUCAAUAAAGCUGACAUCGAGGGAGAGACGAUUCCUUAGAUUUGCCUCGGUCGAGUUUGACGGACAACUUUACAUGACACCACAGGAUUUUCUAGAGUCUGUUGUGGAGGCUGAGCCGAGACCUCGUCUAAAACGCAAGGCCUUAACUAAAGAGGAUUUGAAAAACAUAAAGGAACAUACGCCUGCAUUGCAAAAGGGGUCACCACAACUGUGGAGAAAUUUAAGAGAUAAAGGAGUUAUUUCGUACACGGAAUACUUAUUCCUUCUAUCAAUACUCACAAAACCUCAGACAGGAUUCAGAAUUGCUUUCAACAUGUUCGAUACUGACGGAAAUGAAAAAGUGGACAAAACUGAAUUCCUCGUUCUGUUGUAUCUGAUCCCUCUGCACUCGUACAAGAGUGAGUCGAUGAUUCAAAGUCUUCAUGGGUUUGUACGUACUAUGUACUUACCUUCGAAUCUUACCGAGAGUGAUAAUGACCAACUAACCCUUCCUUCUCCGUCUCCAAAGUUGGAGAAAAUAUUCAGUAUGGCCUGGAAAGACAAACGCGGCCUACUUAAUCCGGAAGAAGAAAAAACCGGUGAUGAAGCCGAGGAACAAGAAAACACAGCAAGUGCUAAAGCUACGGAGGCCUUGAUAAGCGAAAUGCUGGUUGAUGAUGAUCGUGGAUUGCAGCGUCGACAUAUGGUUGAUACAACGCUCCUGGUUCACUUUUUUGGUCCUAAAGGGAAUCGAGAAAUUAAAUACGAAGAUUUCCGCAAAUUUAUGGAAGAUUUACAAACAGAAGUUCAGGAACUCGAGUUUCACGAAUUUUCCAAAGGACUUGAUUUCAUUUCACAAGUAGACUUUGCCAAAAUUCUUCUCAGAUAUACAUACCUUCAAUCGGAAGAAUACGAGCUGUACUUGGACAGACUUGUGGACAGGAUAAAACUAGAACAAGGAAUCACAUUUGAAGAAUUUAGGGCCUUUUGCCAAUUUCUUAAUAAUUUGGAUGACUUCAACGUAGCCAUGAAAAUGUACACAUUGGCGGACAGGCCAAUAUCUCAAGACGAGUUUCGACGAGCUGUGAGAAUUUGUACAGGAACAGACCUAAGUCCUCAUGUUGUGGAAACCGUAUUCCAAAUUUUUGAUGAGGAUGACGAUGGUCACCUCAGUCACCGAGAGUUCAUCGGAGUCAUGAAAGAUAGGCUUCACCGAGGUUUUAAGCUCUACACCAAAAACGAAGGCUGGGAAGCUUUCAAACAAUGCAUUCGCCAAGAAAUGAAGACACAAUAAGACAAUUUUCAAUUCAAUGGCCAUCAACUUAUUACUUUAACGUGGUGCUCGUACUCUGUAAAUGUACUUUGUCAAUCGCUUUACUUGUAAUAAGCAAUAUAUUAAACAUUAUAGCAACCAGUAUUUAACGUGUUCGGUUUGUUGGAAAGUUAAGUGUUUACUAGUUUAAACUGCGUGUGAUAUUGAAGUUAAAACAGUCCAACUUUGCAAAGAAGUGCAAAAUUAUGAUAUGAAAACCAGUCUCAAAUUUUAUUUAAUAAAGCAAUAUUAAAAUAAUUA